UGUUGGGUUUUUCUGUAUAAACUUGCACACUAACAGCCUUAUUAAUAAAAAUCGCUUAGUCCGAAUUUAGUCUCGGACUAGCUAGUCCGAGAUUAAGCGAGUACUAACUUCAUUUUAAGAACGUCAUUAAUAAACAUGGACUAAGCUCGGACUAACUAAACCUUCCUUAGUCCUAGUUACAACAAAUUUAAGUUGGCAACUCUUGUGAAAUAGAAGAAAAAUGUCAAGAAAUUGACGGUGACAGCGACAUUUUGUUUGAAAUUUGUCAUUUUUUCUUCGGUUAGGUUUAGAUCAUUUCAUCAUUUGCAUUUUCCGUUUGUUUGGUUUGUUUUUGUUAAUAUAACUGUUUUUGAUCGAUUUUAAUUGCAAAAUGAGUGGAGGUGGAGAAAAACAAAAAAGAAUUCGCUCCAUAAAUUGGGACGAAGAAGAAAAGCAAUUGUUUCGCAGUGUAUUCAAGGAAUACUCACAUAUAAUAGAGAAUAAAUCACUAAACACAAAUGCAACUAAAGCAAAAACAAAAGCCUGGGAAACAGUCCAUAAAAAGUUCAAUGAAUUAAAUAGUAAACAAAGAGACCUGCGACAACUGCAAAAUCAGUGGAAACAUAUGAAAAUAAAUGCCCGCAAAGUAUGUAGCAGUUAUAAUAAAGAACUGAGGAAGACUGGCGGUGGAGAAGGACCACCAAUGCCUAAUCAAGAUGUAAUGGAGAUAAAAGAUAUUAUGAAUCCCGCAGAAUUAUUGCGGGAUCACAAUGAACAUGACUCUGAUGGCUCGGUGAUGCCAGCAAUACAAUUUCUUGAAAUGGGAACUAGUAUUAAUGAAAUGGGACCAAGUACCAGUGCAAUGGGACAAAGCACCAGUAAUAUUGGACUAAAUACUAGUGAAGAACUGGAAAUUCAGUUAAAGAUAUUUGACAAGGAAUUUAAAGAAAAUAAAGAAUUCCCACAACAAAUGUUAGAGACACCAAAAAACAGUUCAUUAGAGAGGGCCACUGCUAAGUCUAAAAAUAGCCUGAAGAUAGGAAAAAGUAAUUUAACAGAGGGGGCUGCUGCAAAGGUUUCUAAGGAUGAAGAAUACAUAAAAAAUAUAACAGAAUAUUCGCGUGAGUUAAAAGAAAAAGAGCACAAUAGGCAUAUGGAAAUUAUGGAACUCCAACACAACAGGCAAAUGAGGUACAUGAGACUAAAACAUGAAAUGGAAAAAAGGGAACACGAAAUUAAAAUGAAGGUUCAAGCGGAACUUUUGAAACAUGCUUCAUUGAAGACAAAAAUGUUAGAGGCAGAAUCACAAAAUAAAUAAUAUUAUGUACAUAUAUUAUAAGAAAUAAAAUGAUA